GGGCGUCGCACGGGGACGAGUAUACCUACUAUACGCUGAUAAGUAUCAGGUAUAGACACAAACAACGAUACACAAAUUACCAGUAGACACCAUGGGGAACGCCUCGGACGAAUACGUGCCAGACAUUGCGGCGCUGUCGCUUGCAUCCAGAGCGGUGCAUGCCGAUGCUCGCAUUGAUGGCCAUCCAGCCAUUGCGCCUGGGCUGCACACCAGCACGACCUUUCGGUAUCCCAAUGACCCGGAGAGGCUCAAGCCCAUCUCAGAGGUCGAUACCACCAAGCCGCUCGACUUCCACGUCUACUCGCGCCACACGAGUCCCAACAUGGCCCGCUUCGAAGCCCUCCUCACAUCCAUCAUUGGCCAGCAGGCCAUUGUGUAUGGGUCUGGCCUGGCUGCGUUCCAUGCCAUGAUCACCCAUCUGAACCCCAAGAAGGUGGCCAUUGGAGACGGCUAUCACGGCUGCCACGGCAUCUUGAAGAUCUUUGAGCGACUGACCGGCCUGAAGAAGCUGCCGCUGGACUGCGACCUCUCGGAGCUGGGACCCGGAGACAUCAUCCAUGUCGAGACGCCGCUGAACCCCACAGGCGAGGCGCGCGACCUGAAGUAUUAUGCCGACAGAGCACACUCUGUGGGCGCAUAUCUAACCGUAGACGCUACCUUUGCGCCGCCGCCGCUGCUGGAUCCCUUUGCCUGGGGAGCAGACCUUGUGAUGCACAGCGGCACAAAGUACUUUGGCGGCCACUCCGACCUGCUCUGCGGCGUCCUCGCCGCCAACCCCAAGCACAAGACGUGGGUCAGCGACCUGCUCGCCGACCGUCUCGUGCUGGGCUCCGUCAUCGGCAGCCUCGAGGGCUGGCUCGGCAUGCGCUCCCUGCGGACCCUCGAGCUGCGCGUCAACCGCCAGAGCACCACGGCCGCGGCGCUGGUCGCAUGGCUCGCGGAGCAGGCCAAGGACCCGGCCACGGCGGCGGGCAAGACGAUUGCGCGGAUCCAGCACGCGAGCCUGCAGCCCGAGGCGGCGCAGGAAGGCAGCUGGCUGCGGCAGCAGAUGCCCAACGGCUACGGGCCGGUGUUUGCCAUUACGCUGAAGAACAAGGAGAUGGCGAGGAGGUUCCCCGGCAAGCUGGGCUUGUUCCAGCACGCGACGAGCCUGGGAGGCGUGGAGAGCUUGAUUGAGUGGCGGGCAAUGACGGAUGCCACGGUUGACCAGAGUUUGUUGAGGCUGAGUGUUGGCGUGGAGAGCUUGGAGGAUUUGAAGGCGGAUUUGCAGCACGGAUUUGAGGCCUUGGUAAAGGAAGGGCUGUAGAGCAUUGUAUUUGUUUAUGUGAGAUGUUGAGAGAUUGUGAUAUCCUAUUACUAUUGGUUUGUGAGAAUGAGAGUUGGAUUAAGGGGGGGAUCUUCCGAUCUACUUUACAUCCAUCCCUAGCUCUUGUAUAAGACAAAGAGGGCAUUAAGUUCACGGCAGCUUGAAAAGAAAAGCUGGGAUAACAAUCCAUUUUGAUGCAGUUACAAAAAGAAUAGAAUAAAUUUUAAAAAUCAAGCGCGAAAAAAAAG